AUGCCUGCGGCAGUACCACCCGCAGAAAAUGGAGCGCCGCGCAGCGAGCUCGAACAAAUCCAAUUACGUGCCGGACAGGUGACCGAUGAGUCCCUGGAGUCUACUCGACGUAUGAUGCAGCUAUGUGAAGAGAGCAAGGAGGCCGGCAUUCGUACUCUGGUCGCUCUAGACGACCAGGGAGAACAAUUGGACAGGAUCGAGGAAGGAAUGGACCAGAUAAACGCUGACAUGCGCGAGGCCGAGAAAAAUCUUUCAGGAAUGGAAAAAUGUUGCGGCAUCUGCGCUCUUCCCUGCAACAAGGGUGCAUCCUUCAAAGAAGACGAUGGCACAUGGAAAGGCAACGAUGACGGCAAAGUGGUAAACAACCAGCCACAACGUGUGAUGGACGAGCGUAACGGGAUCGGCCCACAAGCUGGAUACAUUGGAAGGAUAACGAAUGACGCCCGCGAAGACGAAAUGGAAGAGAACAUGGGUCAAGUGAACACCAUGAUUGGUAAUUUGCGCAACAUGGCCAUCGACAUGGGCUCCGAACUGGAGAACCAGAAUCGCCAGAUCGACCGUAUCAAUCGCAAGGGCGAAUCGAACGAAACAAGGAUAACGCUGGCCAACCAGCGCGCGCACGAGCUCCUCAAUCUUAUUCCCAAACCACGAGACAAACACAAAAACACAAACACAGACAAGUCUGCGACGUACAAUGGUGAGAGUAACGAGACACGUAUAGCGGUUGCAAAUCAGCGAGCGAAUAAACUACUCAAAUCU